ACCCGUUUUGCCCCACUGGCAACAAUUGUUGCCAAAGUUUAUCACUGUCAUUUUCGACUCACAAUAAAAAAUCUCAAAGGUACUAAUGCAACUUUUUCCACUUAUAUGCUAGUAGACAACUUAGACAAAGGUUUUGAUUUUUAAAAAAUCGUUUCCAAGUGCUUCCUAUCGCAUGACAUCAUCUGCUUCCCGCUCUUUCUGGCUGAAGACAUGGCGGAUGCAAAUCAUCCUGGAAAGAGGUACACCGUAGCAGAGAUCCUGGCCAUGCUGCAGGACUCUGAAACUGUGGCGGACAUCACAGUUGUGCCUGAGUCAGAAAUGCACGCACAUGACACAGACUGUGACAGUGACCAAUCUGAUGAUGAGGCCACUGGUGACCAUAACCGCCUCCCAUCAAAAUUACCAAAAGGUGAAGGCUUUCUACCUAAUUCGGACAUGCAGCUGCCAAAUCCCCCCGAUGAUGAUCCUGGGUGCUCAUCCUCAGUGAGUCAGACAGAGACUAGAAAGGUCAGUGGCACAAAUGAAAAGGUGACCAGUCAGAUUGUUGGGCCCAUGCUCCACAAAACUAAGAACCAAGGAAGGCAUGGGUGCAAACAGUUUAUUAGAGGGAAGCCUAUUCGUUUUGGGUAUAAAAUAUGGAGCUUAGCAUCCUCCUCCGGGUUUGUCCAUCAGAUGGAGCCAUAUGUAGGAAGCCACACACAUCUGGUGGAAACUGGACUUGGUCAGGGUCCAAGUGUGGUUCUUGGCCUGGCAGAGAAAGCUGAAGUGCCACCUGGAGUCAAGUUUUACCACGACAACCUCUUCACAACCCUGUCCCUGGUGGAUGAGAUGACCCUGAGAGGCUAUGGCAGCUGUGGCACGAUGCGACAAACUCAGCUCCAUAACGUUCCCUUCACAGCACCCCAGACCUUCAAGAAGACACCCAGAGGAGAUGCUGAGUAUCUGGUUGAGGCAGAGAAGCUGAUUGUAAGGUGGAAUGACAACAGCGUGGUCACCGUGGUGUCGAACAUGGAGAGGGAGUUCACCGAAACUGAGGCGAAGAGAUGGAAUAAACAGAAGCGGACUAUGGACAAGGUCAGACAGCCCAAGUGUAUCCAGGACUACAACACACACAUGGGAGGAGUGGACCUGCAUGACCAGUUUGUCAGCCGCUACAGAGUCAAGAUCCGGUCCAAGAAGUGGUGGUGGCCAUGCUUCAGCUGGGCCCUGAACAGUGCCAUGGUGAACAGCUGGUGCUAUUACAGGUCCUGGAAAAGCGGGGAGAAGGAUCUCCUCUCCUUCCAGAGGCUGGUAGCCCAGACCCUCCUCCUGCGCCAUGGAACAAAGCCAAGUAGGCAGGGCAGAAGAUCUUCAAUGGCGGUGGCGAUAACUGAUGCCACCAGGUUUGAUAAUUUGAACCACUGGCCCUGCAACACUGGUAGCAGGUACAAGCGAUGCAAGAACUGCGGCGGACGCACAUCAUUUGCGUGUGGAAAGUGUGAUGUGCCACUACAUGUGGAGUGCUUCAAGAAGUACCACACUGAGUAGAACAUGCAUGAAAGAUGAUGGAAUGUAUGGGAAGAAAUAUGUUAUAUAUGUAUAUAUGUUUUUAGAGGUUCUAAGAAAAAAAUGUUUGAGUUUUUGAGUAUAAAAAAAUUGAGAAUAAAGAAAUCAGUUCAAAUUGUUUGAUGUUUUGAAUUUUAUACAGGGGGAACCUGAGGCUCCACCUUUUUGUUAUUAUUUAUUAUGACUAUAUUAUUAUUUUGUUCUUAUUAUAUUAUUAUUAUUACUUCUCUAUUAUUAUUAUUAGGUGACAUUUGACCUAGUGACAAGCUGUGUGACUACUGGCAACAAUUGUUGCCAGUCAUAAAAAUGCUAUUUUCUUCAAAAAAAAGUACAAAAUGGAAAAAAUAAAUACAUAACAUGAUUCAGAGGGACUCAACUGAUAAAAUGAUAUGCCUUACAACUCUGAAAAAAAUCUGGGCACA